AGUGCACUUUUAUGUGCCAUAUGUGUACAUAAAUUAAAGAAAGUGAUGUAUAGAAUUGAAAAAUGGUAGGUUCGUUAGGAUUCCGUUUUGUCUCUAUACAUCGUGUGCGUUUCAGGCUUUGUGUUUAUCUGUGGACCAUAGUUAAUACCGUCGUAGCCCUGUGAAAGGAAGGUAAUAUUUCUUUAAAUAUCAUGUGGACUGUUCUGAACACGCCUCGAAGUUUGAUGUUCAAUUUUUUAAGCCGGCUGGUCAGGUUGCGAAUGUGUAAUGUGGUGUAAAUUUUCAUUUUCACGUAAUAAUAUACAUGUGUGCUGAAGUAUUAGGAGUGAGUUGACACUCAUGUACUUACGCGCAUUCAGAUAAUAUUAAGACACAAGAUGGAGAAUGACAUUUUGGAUGCCUUGGAAGACAUAGGAUACACUGGCCCUUUACUUGAAGAAGGAUCAUUGGAGAAAGCCUUGGAUGGUGGACCUAAAUCAGUGGAAUACACAGGCCUGGUAGAGUGGCUGUCAAAAGAAUUGAAGACAUUAUGUAAACUUGAUGAACAUGUAAAUGCUGUCUCCUCAGCUGAAGACUCCAGUUCAUUUCUCCUUGAAUUAAGCAGUUUUCUCAAGGAACUAGGUUGUGCAUAUAGUAGCCUCGUGGAGGGCCAUUUGAGUGAACGACUGCAUACUCGUGAGCAUCGGAUUCGUCUGCUUGAUUUCCUUCUUACUGAAUUAGAGGCUGCAAGGAUGGUUCAUGUUAACAAACCUGACUUGAGUAAGGCAAUGGAGGUACAGUUGAACGAAAGUUCAACUGCAAGCUACUUGAAGACAAUGCUCAUAGCACUUAAAUUCCCAAAACCACCACCAAACAUAACACCCGCCUUAUUAUUUGGGAAGGUGGAAGAGAAGAUGAAGAAGGUUCUAGAUAAAGCCUCAGCUGAGUUAGUAGGAAAGCCAUUGUUUGUAGGCGUGCUAUCAGACAAGCAGUGGCACCAACUUUCGGAGCUUCAAAAGGAACUUCAGGAUGAGUAUUGCAUGCGACAAGAGAUGCUGAUUAAAAGACUUGAUGUCACAAUACAAUCAUUUCAGUGGUCAGAACGUGUGAAGAACCAAGAGGACCAGAUAGCAGCACUGUUUAUGACACGGAGGAAGUCCAUGUGUGCCCUGCCUGAUAUCCACUUGUCAGAUCUGUUGGCAGCUCGUGAGGAUCUUGCCAUUAUUGAAAAGACUAGCAGUGCUUCUGUGCGCAAGAACACACAGUCUGCCGUUAACAAAGUGAUCAUUGGACGGGUGCCAGACAGAGGGGGUCGGCCAAAUGAACAGGAACCUCCACCCCCUGAGAUGCCAAGUUGGCAGCAGCAGCGGUCUGGAGGUGGUGGUGGUGGUGGAGGAGGAGGAGGAGGAUUUCAAGGUGGUAGAGGAGGUGGGGGUGGAGAUCGAGGAGGCAGAGUUCAAGGAGGAUGGAAUCAAGGUGGUGGAAGUGGCUACCAAAAUAAAGAUGGAGGUUAUAACAGCGGAAGUGGUUACCAGGAUAGAGGUGGUGGUUAUGGAGGUGGCUAUCAGGAUAGAAGGGGAAAUUAUCAAGAUAGAGGAGGUGGUAGUGGUCAUGGUGGGGGCUACCAGGAUAGAGGGGGUGGCAGAGGUAGGGGUAGUGGUCGCAGAGGAAGAGACAAUUAUUAUUAACAUUAUUUAACUCUGUUCCUCAGUAUAAUUUAUGGAAGUUUGUGAUAUGGUGUGUAGUUCAGUCGUAACAUCCAUUCAACGCCAGCAUAUGAAAGCUGUCUUAAUUUUGAAGCUUUGCCGUGAAUUCAAAGUACUCUUCAUAGUCAGAAUUUCUUCCAGUAUAAGCAAGGAGAGAAAAGACUGUGAGUAAGCCCUUCUUAACAUGACAUAUCCAUAUGGUGUUAUUGUAUAUGAAAGAGCAUAUUAAUGAGAUACAGGCUUAAAGCUGAGAGUAAAAUACAAGAAUAAUAAAAAAAAUUGCUUAUAAAGUUCAUGAAAUGAUAUUAUUUUUCUUAACUUUUGAAGUAUUAUUUUGUUUCCAGUGUAAGAUUAUUUUGUAUAAUGACAGUUUCUACAAAGAAUGUGAUAUUUAUAAUGAAGAAUAAUUAUUUCUUUGGUAAUGAAGUGUAGACUUCAAACUGGUAUGAAUUUAUUGUCUUCUACUUGGUUGCUUAUUAGUUCUGUAAGAGAUAGGUUGGUGGGACAUUCUGAGGCAUCCAGGAUUGGUUAAUUUUGUAAUGGAAGGAACAGUUGAAGGGAAGAAUUGUAGGGGGAGACAAAAAUUGGAAUAUGUGACGCAGAUUUCAGAGGAUGUGGGCUGCAAAAAAUAUGUGGAAAUGAAGAGAUUGGCGCAAGAUAGGCGAAAUUGGAGGACCGCAUCAAACCAGUUGAAAGACUGAUGACAAACAAACAAACAAUUGAUUUUUAUCAAUACUGGAUAAACAGUUACUAUUUUACUUUUGUCAUUUAAAUGGAUUUACAUGCAAACUUAGUUUCAUUUUUAUGUAUGUGUCUUUGUAGAACAGUCAUAAUAGCAUAAAUAUUAUUGCCAAGGAUGAUUAUUUUGGCGACAUCUUGAACUCUGAUGUUUAUGUGUGUUGUGUAAAUGAAAUUUUGUUGACAGUAUGCAGUUGUGUAUUUGUGUUGCUCUGAAAAUCCAUUUCUCUGCAAAGUAGAAAGGCCAAAGGAUGUUGGCAGUGGAAGAAUUGCCAACAUUUAAUAAAAUCAGGAAAGAUUAGAACUGAAUGUGACAAAUUGGCUUCUGGCCUAUGGUAAUAUUGCUAAUUUACUGGGCAGUGAUAAAAUAUGUUCGGGAUUGAUAGUAAUAAAACAAAAUUACAGCCAUGAAGAAAUUAAGAGUAAAUUACUUGGUGAAAUGCAUACUAGUACUCAGUUCUGAAUGUUAUGACUUCCCAUCUUGUGUCCUAAUUGAGUUAUACAAAACUAUAAUUGUGCCUGUUGUUUUGUGAAAGUUGAUCUUUCACAUUAAGCAAAGAACAUACUAUAUGUGAAUAUAAGUGUCACUUUUCCCCCACAUCACCUUAAAAGUACAGUGUGGCUUAUAAUGAGAAUUGUUUUUUUAUGGUGAGAUAAUUGGUCUGCAUCACUUUAUUAAGAAAUUUUAUAUUAUGAUUUUCAACAUUGACAAUAAAUGCAGAUAUUUCAGUGAUGGUAAAUAUGUAAACAAUAGAAGAAUGGAUGAGUGAAAGUGAAAUAAUGAGGUAAAACAAUUUUGUGUGAAAGGUUUUGUGUUGUCAGUCCAUUACAGUUUAAUAUUUCCAGUUACAGUGACUUGCAGCUAAUAUCUGUGAUGAAACAUGGAAAAAUCAGAGUUUGUAUUUCUGGCUUUGAGGUUUUCUGAAUUGACAUGGUUUUAUUGUAUUUGUUGAAAGAUGGAUGAGUAUGUACAAGUGUUAUUGGCCAUACAGUACUAACUCCAUGGA